AUGACAGGUGUACGACAAGUUCGUUGGGCCGAGGACCACCAAGAAAACGACAACCACCCAAGGCUCAACAAUUACCAUGACCCACCACCACCACCGCCACCAGAGCAACAGCUUCACCACCACCACCUUGAAUCCAACGACAUGCACCAACAACAACAACAACAACAACAACAACCCAAUGGCAAUCAGGAAACUGUAGUGGGUAACGAGACAGCAGCAGCAACAACGACAAUGACUUCGGCUCAACAUGAUCCCAUGGCAUGGCCAUACAAUAUGCCCAAUCACUAUGUACCAGGUGCACAUGAAUCAGCUCAGCCUUCUCAGUUCAAUGACGAGUAUCCUUACAGCGAUGAGAGCAGCAGUGAUCUGGAUGACGACGAUGACUUUUCUUUGUAUGCACACGAGCAAGCGUUGGCAGCUGCAGCACCCGAGAUCAAGCACGAGCGACUUGAGUGGCAGCAAAUGUUACAGUCUGUGCUACUUGGCGAAGUGCUCAAAUCAGAAAAGAAGCGAUUAUCCACGUCAGAUCAGAUGAAACCCAAAAAGCCCAUUCAAGAGAUUUGGUUAUCAUUGCGAGCCUUAUUACGUGGUCGUACGAUUGCUCAGGAACAAAAGUAUCUCGAGGAAGGACGACGAGAGAUCAACAGUGUGAUUGAUGCUGUGAUGGCUUUUCGAGUCACCAUGCCAACAUCGACGACAACGACUGCUGAAGAUGAAGAAAACGUAUUGACACGUGAAGAUGUAGCCCUUGAACAAGUGGCAGAGGUGCUCAAGAGUGUGGAUCGCAUCGAGUCAUUGUAUUCCACACGAGCCGAUAUGAUCGUAGCCAAUCCACGCUAUGGCGAAGCCGAGUUUCAAGCACGCUUGGAUGCAUUGAAUGCAUGGUGUACCAUCACUCGUAGCUUAUAUAUGCAGUACAAGAUUCUCAGUGAUUGGACAGGCAGCAAGGAUUUGCAGAUUGCACGUAAACAACAUGAUAUCCCUGAUGAUACCAACAACAACACAACAACAACCACAGCCACCAGCAAUAGCAACACAACAACAACACCCAAACAACAACAGCCGACGGAUCCAUCCUUUGUUGAACGUAUUCUCAAAGAAUCAGCACUUCAGGAUACCUUUGAUAAACGCACCUUGUCAGCUCUCAAUUUACUCUUGGUGAAAUCCAAACGCACCAUGAUUGUCAACAACAACUUGUUUGACGAGAUGAAUCUACCACCCUUUAUCAAUCAACUUCGUCAAUUGGCUGUAUUUCCCACAUCCCUCGUUGAAGAAGCUCUCAAGCUACGACUUGAAUACAAGGGACGUCUCAAUGCGCCUCCUAAACAAAUGGUGGAUGCCAUGAUGGAUGAUUAUCGUGGAUUGGUUUCUCUCGCUUGCCGUGUUAAGAAACAAUAUGAAGACCUUGCACAUCCGGCACCUGGAUGGCGAUUACGCUCCGAUGAAUUCAUUGAUGAGGAUUAUGAUGAGGUGCUCAUGGAAUCAAUGCGCUUUUAUUUCAAGCUUAUCACUUGGAAGCUGGAUCUCGAACGUGAAAACAGCUUUCGUGAGUGCGAAGUCAUGGAAAAGGAAUGGGAAUUCUUCACGCGUACCGUAUGCCAAGUGGUGGACAAGGCUGAUGAAGAAUGCGCUGUGCAGUUUUGUCAAUUGACCAAUCGAUUACUGGGUGAUGUGAUGCAAGAUUAUAUCUCCAAUCUCAAGCUGCCACCUGAAUCUGUGGAUGGAGGUAUUGAAGUCAAGUAUACCAAGUUGUUGCAUAACAUGCGUAUGCGUGCACGUAAACUAUUGCAAUUUGCAAGGUUCUUUACGGGCCAAUUUGAAAAUGCUGCUGAAUAUGUGGUGGAUGGUGACAGCCUUGAAAAGUUGAUUGAUUGUUUGGUGGAUUCGGGUCACAUUUUGGUCCUUACUGGCACCUUUGAAGGGGAGCGCACCUAUAUUAUUGCAUCGCCAUCCUUGUAUGGUCGAGAGGAUACCAUUCGACGACUUAUUCGAACGUGCUUUGCCGGUGAUAAGAGCUCGCCCGUCACACCAGGCACACCAGGAUCGACCAUGGAGCAAGAGGACUACAUUGUGGUGUUGACACCUUGGCAAAAUAUCAUGUGGACGGGUCAAGUCAUUGAAUUACCUUCGGUGCCUGCCAUCAAUUUGGGUAUGCGUCCUCGACGUGCUCGACUUGUCACAGGCGAUGCCAAUGGAUUGCAAUCGGUCAAGGCGGUCUUUUGGAGAGCUGUUCAAAGUUCGGGCAUCACCAUCCAAAAAGAGCAACGUGCCCAUAUUCCACGCAUUAACAAGGAGUUGUACAAGAUCAAAAUGACUGUUUUCAAGUUGGCAAACUCGGCUAUUGAAAGCGUGGCUACCAUUCGAGAACAAACCAUUGGCCUUGGGUGUCAAGAAUUGGUGGAAGAAUGCUUCAGCUUUGCAAGUGAUUUUGGUUUACGUGCAGCCCGUUCGCUUGUGUUGGCAGUCCAAAUGCAACUGGAUCGCAAACUUGCUCGACUCGCCAUUGAUUGGAUCUCGUUUAUCACUGAUGAUUGUGCUCCCAGUGACCGAAAAACGUUUCGAUGGGCUGUAGCAGCACUUGAAUUUGGCCAUGUCAUGACCCAUGGUGCCAAGGUCCUCGCGCUGAAUGAGACUGAAUUUACCAAGCUCCAAAGUAAGGUGGCACGAUGUAUUGCAUUGCUGAUAUCCCACUUUGAUGUGCUGGGUACGCGUUGGACACAUGAAUUGCAAGCCAAGGAAGAGCAACAACGUAAACGAGGUGUUACAGCCAAGCGUAAUCAGUACAUGACAGCCACGGGUGCCACCAAACGUGCCAUUGAUAAGGAAACCAUUGCCACCAGCUCCACAUUUGGUGCUUCAAGUGACACAGCAUCUGCAUCAGGUGGUGUGACCUAUAUUCGGGAUGUUUGGAUGCGAAAGAUCCAGGAAUUGGAGCAAAAACGCAAUCAUGAAGAGCAAGAACGCAAAAUCGUUGGCAAGAUCCUUGACGAUCAAAAGCCAGAAGAUCAGUCCCUCGUCUUUUUGGCACCUUCAUCCUCCAAUAUUUCUUUCCGUUGGCAACAAGGUCGCUUCAUUGGUGCUGGUACAUUUGGAUCCGUCUAUCUUGCUAUCAACCUCGACACAUCAUCGGUCAUGGCUGUCAAGGAAAUCCGAUUCCCUGAUUCAAGUUCUUUAUCUGCUUUGCAUAAAGCCAUCAAGGAGGAAAUGAAGGUCAUGGAAAUGCUCAACCAUGCUAACAUUGUUCAAUACUAUGGCAUGGAAGUGCACCGGGACAAGGUUUACAUUUUCAUGGAAUAUUGCGAGAAUGGCAGUUUGGGAUCUUUAUUGGAUCAUGGCGGUCGAAUAGAAGACGAGGUGUACAUCAUGAAGUAUGCCCACGAGUUGCUCAGUGGUCUCAAGUAUCUACAUGAAAACAAUAUUGUCCAUCGUGAUAUCAAACCCGAUAAUAUCUUGAUUGAUUCUCAAGGUCAAUUGAAAUUAUCUGACUUUGGUGCCGCCAAGAUUCUUGCCAAGGGCCAAAAGACAAUGGGUCGCACUACAAUGAACAUGAAUGUCAACAGCCUUGCUGGUACGCCAAUGUAUAUGGCACCUGAAGUGAUCACAGGAGGAGACACUGGACGAAAAGGAUCGAUGGAUAUAUGGUCUCUUGGAUGUUGUAUUGUUCAAAUGGCAACGGGACGGCGACCUUGGAGCACGCUUGAAAAUGAGUGGUCGGUCAUGUACCAUGUUGUCACUGGCCAUCCACCGUUACCGGAUGCUUCUCAAUUAUCAAGCGAUGGUAUUGAUUUCUUAAAGAAAUGCUUCACGCGGAACCCCAUGAAACGACCUACAGCUCACGAGCUCUUGUCACACCAAUGGAUUGUGCGAUACCUGGAAUUGUACGACAACCCCGAAGGCCACAUGGAUGCUGGUGAUUAUGUUGGUGAUUAUGAUGGUACAAGUGGUGGUGUCAUGGAAGGCACUACCGAUGAUCCAAUGGCAUCUUACAACAAUGGCAGCAUGGAUGGCGUUGAUGACUCGGGUAUGAUGCGAUCCAUAGGAUCAACACGAUCGUAUGAACGUCCCUUGGUACGCAGCAUUGCCAACAGCAUGGCGAUCGAAGGCAUGGCGAAUAGUCUUGCUUAUGGUGAACAAGCACAAGCCUAUUUCCGGGAUAUUGCUGCACAACAUGCCCAGGAUAUGGAAGCCUAUGAACAACAGCAAUCUUAUCACCGGUCUUUGUCACCUAUCAAUAGCGUACGUUCAGUGUCGUCCGAUUAUGAGAACAAUGAUCACUAG